CCGGCCGGGUCUGGGGGCGGGGCGUUUGCCCGGCCUUUCCAGGGCCGGGGAACCCCAGGAGGAAGCUGCUGAGCCAUGGGCGCCUACGCGCGGGCUUCGGGGGUCUGCGCUCGCGGCUGCCUGGACGCAGCAGGCCCCUGGACCAUGUCCCGCGCCCUGCGGCCACCGCUUCCGCCUCUCUGCUUUUUCCUUUUGUUGUUGCUGGCGGCUCCUGGUGCUCGGGCCGGGGGAUACGAGACAUGCCCCACAGUGCAGCCGAACAUGCUGAACGUGCACCUGGUGCCUCACACACAUGAUGACGUGGGCUGGCUCAAAACCGUGGACCAGUACUUUUAUGGAAUCAAGAAUGACAUCCAGCACGCCGGUGUGCAGUACAUCCUGGACUCGGUCAUCUCUGCCUUGCUGGCAGAUCCCACACGUCGCUUCAUUUACGUGGAGAUUGCCUUCUUCUCCCGUUGGUGGCACCAGCAGACAAAUGCCACACAGGAAGUCGUGCGAGACCUUGUGCGCCAGGGGCGCCUGGAGUUCGCCAACGGUGGCUGGGUAAUGAACGAUGAGGCAGCCACCCACUACGGUGCCAUCGUGGACCAGAUGACACUCGGGCUGCACUUUCUGGAGGACACAUUUGGCAAUGACGGGCGACCCCGUGUGGCCUGGCACAUUGACCCCUUCGGCCACUCUCGGGAGCAGGCCUCGCUGUUUGCGCAGAUGGGCUUUGAUGGCUUCUUCUUUGGGCGCCUUGAUUAUCAAGAUAAGUGGGUACGGAUGCAGAAGCUGGAGAUGGAGCAGGUGUGGCGGGCCAGCGCCAGCCUGAAGCCCCCGACUGCGGACCUCUUCACUGGUGUGCUUCCCAAUGGUUACAACCCGCCAAGGAAUCUGUGCUGGGAUGUGCUGUGUGAUGAUCAGCCGGUGGUGGAGGACCCCCACAGCCCCGAGUACAACGCCAAGGAGCUGGUCGAUUACUUCCUAAAUGUGGCCACUGCCCAGGGCCGGUAUUACCGCACCAACCACAUUGUGAUGACCAUGGGCUCGGACUUCCAAUAUGAGAAUGCCAACAUGUGGUUCAAGAACCUUGACAAGCUCAUCCGGCUGGUAAAUGCGCAGCAGGCAAAAGGAAGCGGUGUCCAUGUUCUCUACUCCACCCCCGCUUGUUACCUCUGGGAGCUGAACAAGGCCAACCUCACCUGGUCAGUGAAACAUGAUGACUUCUUCCCUUACGCGGAUGGCCCCCACCAGUUCUGGACCGGUUACUUUUCCAGUCGGCCGGCCCUCAAACGCUACGAGCGCCUCAGCUACAACUUCCUGCAGGUGUGCAACCAGCUGGAGGCGCUGGUGGGCCUGGCGGCCAACGUGGGACCCUAUGGCUCCGGAGACAGUGCACCCCUCAAUGAGGCGAUGGCUGUGCUCCAGCAUCACGACGCCAUCAGCGGCACCUCCCGCCAGCACGUGGCCAACGACUACGCGCGCCAGCUUGCUGCAGGCUGGGGGCCUUGCGAGGUUCUUCUGAGCAACGCGCUGGCUCGGCUCAGAGGCUUCAAAGAUCACUUCAUCUUUUGCCGACAGCUAAACAUCAGCAUCUGCCCGCUCACCCAGACGGCGGCGCGCUUCCAGGUCAUAGUUUAUAAUCCCCUGGGGCGGAAGGUGAAUUGGAUGGUACGGCUGCCGGUCAGCGAAGGCGUUUUCGUUGUGAAGGACCCCAAUGGCAGGACAGUGCCCAGCGAUGUGGUGAUAUUUCCCAGCUCAGACAGCCAGGCGCACCCUCCGGAGCUGCUGUUCUCAGCCUCACUGCCUGCCCUGGGCUUCAGCACCUAUUCAGUAGCCCAGGUGCCUCGCUGGAAGCCCCAGGCCCACGCACCACAGCCCAUCCCCAGGAGAUCCUGGUCCCCUGCUUUAACCAUCGAAAAUGAGCACAUCCGGGCAACGUUUGAUCCUGACACAGGGCUGUUGAUGGAGAUUAUGAACAUGAAUCAGCAACUCCUGCUGCCUGUUCGCCAGACCUUCUUCUGGUACAACGCCAGUAUAGGUGACAACGAAAGUGACCAGGCCUCAGGUGCCUACAUCUUCAGACCCAACCAACAGAAACCACUGCCUGUGAGCCGCUGGGCUCAGAUCCACCUGGUGAAGACGCCCUUGGUGCAGGAGGUGCACCAGAACUUCUCAGCCUGGUGUUCCCAGGUGGUUCGCCUGUACCCGGGACAGCAGCACCUGGAGCUAGAGUGGUCGGUGGGGCCGAUACCUGUGGGCGACACCUGGGGGAAAGAGGUCAUCAGCCGUUUUGACACACCGCUGGAGACAAAGGGACGCUUCUACACAGACAGCAACGGCCGGGAGAUCCUGGAGAGGAGGCGGGAUUAUCGACCCACCUGGAAACUGAACCAGACGGAGCCCGUGGCAGGAAACUACUAUCCAGUCAACACCCGGAUUUACAUCACGGUAGCUCUCCCCCACCCUGCACCUCCCCACCUCGAUGGAAAGGAUGGAAACAUGCAGCUGACUGUGCUGACUGACCGCUCCCAGGGGGGCAGCAGCCUCAGAGAUGGCUCGCUGGAGCUCAUGGUGCACCGAAGGCUGCUGAAGGACGAUGGACGCGGAGUAUCGGAGCCACUAAUGGAGAACGGGUCGGGGGCGUGGGUGCGAGGGCGCCACCUGGUGCUGCUGGACACAGCCCAGGCUGCAGCCGCCGGGCACCGGCUCCUGGCGGAGCAGGAGGUCCUGGCCCCUCAGGUGGUGCUGGCCCCGGAUGGCGGCGCCGCCUACAAUCUCGGGGCUCCUCCGCGCACGCAGUUCUCAGGGCUGCGCAGGGACCUGCCGCCCUCGGUGCACCUGCUCACGCUGGCCAGCUGGGGCCCCGAGAUGGUGCUGCUGCGCUUGGAGCACCAGUUUGCCGUGGGAGAGGAUUCCGGACGUAACCUGAGCGCCCCUGUUACCUUGAACUUGAGGGACCUGUUCUCCACCUUCACCAUCACCCGCCUGCAGGAGACCACGCUGGUGGCCAACCAGCUCCGCGAGGCAGCUUCCAGGCUCAAGUGGACAACAAACACAGGCCCCACACCCCACCAAACUCCCUACCAGCUGGACCCAGCCAACAUCACGCUGGAACCCAUGGAAAUCCGCACUUUCCUGGCCUCAGUUCAAUGGAAGGAGGUGGAUGGUUAGGUCUGCUGGGAUGGGCCCUCCAAGCCCGAGUCUCCUGCUCCGGGGGCAGACCAGACUCUCACUCUCCUCUUGGGGCUGCUGCCAUUAAAAUGCUACUACUAAGACUCA